AGACCCUGCACAGAGUCGACGUUUCUGCUGUUUUUGGCGUGGGGAAUGUUCAUCGUAGUAAGGGUAUCGAGCUUUCGUGGUGAGGUUUUGUGCUGACGCUGUGGUGCAGACUAGGUAUUUUCUGGGGCCACGAGCUAGAAGCGUGCACUUUUCUUCGGACAAUUUGAUGGACGGAGGCGAUUCGGCUUCCAAAAUAGGCUAGUAGAUCGGCGCAAUCAGGAGGAGUGUAACGGGUAUAUGCACCCAGCAAGCAAUCAAACAAUCCAGCUUUUGCACGAGACGCUUGCUUCUUUGUUCAUGCCGUGUGUCUCUUGUAUAAUUCCCAUUCUGUACGCUAUGCUCUGCAAUUACCUUGAUCGGCGCAUGAGAUCCAGAUCAAAGUCACAUUCCCUACCACCUAAUAAACCUUCAGAAGCAGCAUCACCACCCUCUGUUAAUGUGAGUGACACGUCAACUCCACUCCUUGGCGCCACCAUCGGCGCCAGCACAGCGCUCUACCUCCAACCUCAGCGCACCCAGCACCACCACGCUCCACUUCAUAGCCGGCGCAGAUCGGAGCAUUGAGCGGCGAUGGACGAGACGGUACAGCGAGUGCUUUAUGUCUGGAGA